AUGGAUAAUCUUUUUACAAUAAACAUAAAUCCAGACGAAAAUGUUCGCUUAAAUAUAAAUAGAGAAAAGGAUUUGUAUGGGAUUUUCGGGGGGGAUGGGGAGGGCCUUACCGUGGCCCCCGAUGAGGAAUACAACGAAAACAAUAAUAUCCACUGUACCGUCGAAGAAAAUGAAGUCAUAACUUUGCAAAUGGACCAAAUCAGCACAAGCGAUAGUUUCGAUAUGCUGGAUGAAUUAAACGAAAGUCAAAUUAACGACUAUGAAAAUAUAAGGAAGAAAAUUCGAGCGCAUAUUUUGACCAGUUUUCAAAAGGAUAAUAUUUUAAUUGAAACCCCCGAACAUUUGGAAGCAGAUUCUUCUAAGGAACAAAACUUAGAAGAGAAUGAAAAGAAAUUACUGAAAUUGAGGAAGGAUAAAAUAUAUCUCAUCGUUUCAUCUGCCUCUCAGGAGAGGAACAAAAGGAGUAAGCAAAAUGAGGCCAACAGUAGAUAUUAUUAUGAUCCAAAUAUGGUUGGCGAAGAUGUAUCAGCGGAUUAUGACAAUUUUGUGGAUGUCCUUUUGGGAAGGAUGGCCCCUCAGAGGGGGGACAGCCCGCCAUUGGAAGGUGUAGUUGCUGCUAACGAGGAGGGUGAAGAAAAUGGUGCUAUCGAAGUGGACGGGGAAGAUGCGCCUAUCGAAGUGGACGGGGAAGUUGCGCCUAUCGAAGUGGAUGGGGAAGAUGCGCCUUUCGAAGUGGGUGAAGAGAACGCUGUCACUGAUGCAGGUGUAGAAAAUACGGGGACAGACUCAAUUGACCAAGGGGGGACUGCCGAAAUGGAAGAAGAAACCGUUCAGGAGGAGGAACCCCCCCCAGAGGACAUCGAAGGUGAGGAGGGGGGCACUCCAAAAUGGGCCAUGGACGAAGGUGCAGAAAUAUGUGAAGAAGGGUCUGUACAAAUGGGUGAAGAAAUUUGCCCAGACGAUUCCAUGUCCAACCACGUGGUAGACGAUUUUCGAGAAAAAAUAAAAAAUUGGUUAGUAAAAUUCCCAGACAUGAAUUCCGAAAAUUUGUUUUUCCACUUUUACUUCCAAAGCGAAUUGUAUAAAGAAAAAAAGUACAUAUGUCAGAACUGCGGAUCCAGCGAUUGCGACAGAGAGUUUACCUUCAGACAUGUGUGUAAAAAUACAUUCUGCUUUUUGUGCUAUAAGCGGGUGAAUGGACCGAUGUGCCACAACACCAAGACACAAUAUGUUGCAUUCAAAGCAAACGCAAAAAUGCUUAUAAAUGAGUUAAAAAAUAUCCAGUAUCCGUAUAAAAGUAUGUCUUGCUUAAAUUGUUUUUCUAAUGACCAUUUGAAAUGUGGAAGGCCUCCGUACGUUUACGCCAAGCACUCGCAAAACGUUAGGAGGGAAUAUAGCAGCAAGUUGAAUCCAUCCUAUUUUGUCUACUUAAGAAAUCCAAAAAAUGUAUGGUUUUUACAUGAACCCAAAACGAAUGAACGGAAGGGCAACAGUGAUGCUAAUAAUAAUGCCCUAACAAAUGUGCAGAAUCAGUCCCCUCAGAGCAACAGCAGUGGUGGAAAUGUAGGUGGCAAUCAACUCAAUAACAGACGUGACGGUGACAAUAGCCAAGUUGCACCAAAACAGGAAAGGGUCGUUGGUGCCCCACACAACCGCCACAAAGACGCAAGCAAUCAUAGCAGCAAUAACAACGUGUACAUGGUAGGAAACAAGUAUUCUUAUGACAGCAGCAAACGUAACGUAGCCCUCACAAAGUACUCUUUUCAAGAUAACGCACAAAGGAACAGGCAGAAGAGGAAUUACGAUACGUACGAUACAGGUAGCCAAAAUAAUUUCUACUCGAAUAAUAAAAGACACAAGAAUGAUGCCCACCAAAGCAGUAGUUACUAUGAUUACAAAAAUAAGCAACAGUUAAGCAGUAACAAACAUGCCAAUAUAAGUGACUUCUACCCACAGGGAGGAAAAUAUGGCAGUGGAAAUAGAAGUAUCGACCCGUACAGCAGUGUAAAUUACAAUAAUAAUAGAUACGUUCAUGACAGUAGCAUGGGCAAUUACUAUAUCAAUCAUGGCAGGGGUCAGGACAACAGAAACAACGUCAGUAAUAAUCCAAGCAGUUACUAUAACAUACGUAAUGAGACCAAUCACGCCACCAAGGGAUACACGAGUGGGCAAAUAUAUAAUACGAGGCCAGGUGUAUACAAAUCCUCUACCACCGCCAGUGGUCAAUUUAGUAAUCCAAGAGGUAGUUCCGCCAUGAAGCCAAAUGUGAACUUACUUGUGAAUAAAAAUAACUCGAAUAGUGUGUACAGGAGCCAUCCCAAUAAUCAACACACUUAUGACAUUCCCAAACACAACCUUGGCACAGGCAACUACGGAAGUUACAGCGGUCACAACAGUAACGUAACUCUCCAUAAGCACAAUCACCACAGUGCGAACGGACCGGCCAACAACAGAGGGGGAAACCCCUUGUACAAAAACGCGUAUACGAAUGUGUACCCCGGUAGAGGCGGUUACCAAAACUACCGAUAA